AUGUCCAUGCUGGUUCCGUCUACUUUUAUAGACGUCAGCCAAUUCCGCACAGUCCCCGACCACCAAGAAGUGUUCGCAGACCAGCAGCCAACAGACCAAAACCUCAUAGUUGAAAUCCUCGAAUCCGCGCCUUACGAGAAGCACGAAGCCCUUCGGUAUCAUUUCGCACAAGUCAAUGAAAUAAACGAGCCAAACAAAGCCCCGGAUCCCACACAGAAACAGCGGGAGAUUCACGAGUUGGAAGCGAAGGACAUGGGUUGCGUGGAGAGUGUUUAUUUGCUGGAGGAUGUGCAGGAGUUGGCAAAGUUUGAUGAAGGAAGGAAGGGUGUGUUCAAUGUUGUGCGGGUGAUGAUGGCCCUGAUGAGAGUGCCAAAGCAUGAGUGCGAUGUGCUGAUCACGUUCAACGUGCCCGAGGCAGUGCACCCCGAAAGCAGCAGCAGCAUGUGCGACAGUGGUGAUACGGGCUGUGCAAAGGAUGCGUGGGCAGUGUUCAAGCAGAUGGCUGCGAGUUUCCGGAUCGACAGCGAGCAAAUAUUCGGCUAA